AUGGUCAAAGUGUUUCGCAAGAUCAAGUCGGCCCUUUCGCCAAACAUCGAACCCGAUCUCCCGCCAGCAUAUUUCGAAAGCAUCCAGGCACAGCGGAAGCUGUCUUACACGUCUUCCAAUGAGCAAUCUACCACGGAGUUCGACCCACUCGUUGUUUCAGCAUAUGAGCUGUCUGAUAUGCUCAAUUGUGGAGCAGUGACAAGUGUCGAGAUUGUCCAGGCAUAUCUCCACCAGAUCGAGCAACACAACCGAAGGGGCCGUCAACUCCGAGCUCUGAUAUCUGUAGCACCAAGACAUGAAUUAUUAAGGAUAGCAAGAAAGCUUGACGAUGAGCGAUCAAGAGGAAAGCGGAGAAGUCCGCUUCAUGGAAUUCCUAUAGUGCUAAAAGACAACAUCAUGACCGAUAUUAGUCUUGGAAUGGACACCACUGUUGGAUCAUAUGCUUUUGUUGGAGGCGUGCCCAGAAAAAACGCUACAAUUGUCGACCGUUUAGUGCGCAGGGGAAUGAUCAUCAUGGGAAAAGCGAAUCUCACCGAAUUUUGUGGACUCAAAAACCCUUCCAUGCCUCCUGGGUGGUCGGCCGUGGGCGGCCAGUGCCAGUCACCCUACGUGGCCCGCCACAUUGCAAAGAGAAAGCUGCACUGGGAACUGUCCGCACCAGGAGGCUCGUCGACCGGCUCAGCCGUGAGUGUGGCAUCAGGCUUCUCCACACUCGCCGUCGGCACCGACACAAUUGGUUCGUUGAUCACGCCAGCAAAUCGUGCGGCGUUGUACGCGCUCAAACCGACAGUAGGCGAAGUUCCCAUGGAUGGCAUCUUUUGCCUAAGCAAGACUUUUGACUCCGCGGGAGGAAUGGCAAAGUCGGCAAAGGAUCUGGUCGCGUUGAUGGACGCUAUGAUGCUACCAACGAGCAAGGAGACAGGCACGAAAGUGCCAACGACAUGUUUUCGCAUCAAAGAGGAUUGGGGAAAUUUAAGGAUUGGAUUUACCGAGCCUGUGAUCUGGAAGUCGUGGAAGAAGAGCGGUCGGAUCAACGCGGAUGCGGAGCGCUUCAUGUUACAAAAAUACGAAAUGGUUGUCCAAACCCUCAUUGACAUGGGCGUGGAUAUCGUUUACCCUGUCGAGCUACCUCCGCAGUCUUCAUUGAACAUGGAAGAUAAUAAGAACAGCUUUGAGCCUAUCGUCUACUCCGAAUUUAAGGAGUGCCUCUCAGAAUUUAUCCGUGAUUUUGAGGUGACAAAGGUACAUUCGCUCGCCGAGAUCAUCAACUUCAACCUCGAGCAUCCUGAACUAACCCUUCCACCAUCUUGCCCGAAUCAAAAUGACUUGAUGGCAGCACUCCAAUCCGGCAUAUUACGCGACGAAGUCAAUGCUGCACGACAGCACCUCAAAUUGGCUGGUGGUCGUGAAGGCCUAGAUUUCAUAUUCGCCGACCAACAACUCGACAUCAUCGUCGCACCGGGAGACGCCGCGCUCUCAUCUCUCGCGGCAGCAGCAGGAUACCCCACCGCAGCAUGCCCUCUAUCAGCCCUCAAGCUCAACGGGCAACCUUUCGGCCUGACCCUCGCAUCACGUGCCCACACCGAACAUAUGCUCCUCCACUUCCUGACCGCUUUCGAGGCGACAUUUCCUCCGCGAGCGCUACCACUCCCCCUCUCCAGCGUCCCGCUCCAGGAUCCGUGUCCCGAGCCGCUACCUGACAAACCGAUCAUCGACCUCAUUCUCCACGAGUGGGAUACACGCCGCUUUUCGUGUUCGGCGGACGCGUUGGCAGAUUGGCUCAAUGCAAGGUGGCGAAAGAGUGGGUACGAGCUUUCGGCAGAGACCAUUUGUGAGGUGUUGAGGAGCAACGGGAGAAUUGCCUUUAGGGGCCUGGGUGAUGAUAGCCAGGGCGCUUUUGCGAGAUGA